AUGAGCAAGGUAUUAAAACGUUCUACGGGCUGCAAUUGUGGUGGCUUCGGUGGUCCUCAUGGAGAGAAGCACAGAAAAGAAUUUGUGAAAAGUAUCCAUCGUCAACGAGCUCAGAAAGCAGCACCAUCAAAACCAUUCAAUAUUGAAGAAUUACCAGUGAAGAUUUAUACAGCAAAGAAAGUUUAUACUAUGAACGCCCUGCAACCAGAAGCUACUGCCAUUGCUGUUCAAGGUGAUCGAAUUUUUGCCGUUGGAUCAGAAGAUAGCAUUGUAACUGGUUUAAAAGCAAGAGAGCAAAGCUAUGAGAUUAAAAGAGAUUAUAAAGACUGCUUCUUCUAUCCUGGAUUUAUUGAACCUCACUGCCAUGCAUCUAUGGAAGGGAUGUAUUUUAAAUUCUAUUAUGUUGGAGCUGUUGAUCGAACGAAAUACGUAGAUGGGGCGAUGGUAGAAAUGAAGGGCUAUGAUAACAAGCAAGAUGUGGUAAGUUAUCUUGAAGAAGUUUCAAAAACUAGCGAGGAAGAUCCUAUCGUUGCAUGGGGCUAUGAUCCAACAUUACUUCCCAACGACGACGAUCCUAAUAUUCAUGCAUCGGAAAUCGAUUUUGAAGGGGGCAAGAAAGUAGUUAUUAUGAAUAUGAGUGGUCAUAUAGCCUAUGUUAAUCAUGCAACUCUAACAGAAAUAGGAUAUACCGAUGAUACUGACAUUGAAGGUGUCAUUAAAGAUGAAGACGGCCAUUUGACAGGAGAAUUACAAGAAAUGGCAGCUAUGGCUCCAUUAAUGGUCUACUUUGAUGUUGGCUUAGAUGAAUUAGCUAGUGGACUUCGUAGCUUUGCAACUGUCGCUAGUAGCAAAGGAGUAACAACUCUAACUGAUCUUGCUUUUGGUACUGUUAAUCAUAGCUGGGAUGCAGUCUAUCAGGUCACGCAAGAAAAUAACUAUCCAGUUAGGAUCAACUGUUAUAUGCUAAAUGAUAUCUACGAUCAUCUAGGUGGAGUAGAUGCCUUUCGAGCACUGAAACAAUUUGAAAAUCCUAAAUUAAAAUUAGGAGGUGUUAAAAUAGUUUCUGAUGGUUCAAUACAAGGAUUUACUGGCCUUAUGCGAUGGCCGUAUUAUUAUACAAGUCGAGAUCAAGGUCUUGCUAAUAUUACGCCUCUUGACCUUGAUCGAACUAUACAGGAAUUAAUCAAAAAUGACAUUCUCUGCGCUAUCCAUACUAAUGGCGACGACUCUAUCGAGAUGAUAUUAGAUAGUAUUGAGCGAGUAUCGCGCUUUACUCCAGAUCGUGAUCCACGUUUUCGAUUAGAACAUUGCCAAACGCCUACUGAAGAUCAUCUUGAAAGAAUGAAACGCUAUCAUGUUAAUGGUGAUUUCUUCGCAAAUCAUAUUUAUUACUGGGGAAAUGUUCAUAAGAAUCAAACAAUCGGUCCAGAUCGUGUUGAAUAUAUGAAUCCUUGUGCUACAGCCAAAAAGAUUGGAGUCACCUUUGCUCUUCAUUCUGAUGCUCCUAUAACAGCUAUUGAUCCGCUGUUAAUGGUUCAAAAUGCCGUUGUACGUCAAACCAAAGAAGGAAAUGUUAUUGGCGAAAAUGAGAGAAUUUGUGUUUAUGACGCCUUGAGAACGGUUACUAAAGACGCUGCUUAUUUGUUACGUGAAGAAAGGAUUAAAGGGACACUUGCAUUUGGGAAACUAGCCGAUAUAGCUAUCUUAGAGGAAGACGUAUUCCAUGUUAACAAGCAUAAUAUUCAUAAAAUUGCUGUGAAAGCUACAUUAGUUAACGGUCGAGUUUUUGAUCACAGUUCGGAGUAG